AUGGCGUCCUUUGCGCCUCAAAGCACGUACCGCGAGUACAAACAGGAUACGCAGCGGCUCUUGUUCUGGAUUAUUCAUGCUUCCAAUACAAUCCUCAAGUCGUCGGCAGCCGCAGAACCAGGCACCAUCGAGCCUCAGAACAACCAAAACGUGACGGGCCAGGUUACCGUGAAAGAGCUCGUAUCCAUGGCCAAGACGAUUUCCAAGCAUGCUGUCCGCAUCCCAGGUGCCAUUUACCGCAAGCUGCAGUCGGUAACACGCGCGAGGACGGCCAUGUACCAGGCCUUUCAGCAGCUCGCUGCCUUGAGCCCGAAACCUGACCCAGAGAUGGAACAGAGCAAUGUUACUCACAAAUUCUUCAUUGAUGCGCUGAAUGAGGUGUUUGACAUCUUCGGCGGGCCUUCUUGGGUGAAGGAGCAGCAGCGUGGUAGCAAAGAAGCCGAAUUCGACGCCGAGCUCGACGCCGAGGUCGAAAAGGCCAACUUUUCCAAUAAAUUUGCCGCACUGGGUCUUGGAAGCUCUGAGCAGGACGAGCCUGACACAGCUGCAGUGGACUCUGGCGACGAUGAGGGUUCUGACGUGGAACCGAAGUCGGCUACCCCUGGACAACAACGUCGUCAAGCUCGACCGGGCAGAGGCAAGAAGAAGAAGGGUGGAAAACGGGCCAAGAAGAGCAAACAGACAGCCAAGCCUGCACCUCAGACGUUGGAUCAAGUCCCGCUCGAAAGCUACCGCAUCAUCGAGGACGACGCCGGCAUUGUUACUGACUACCUCCUGGCGGUUUAUUCUCUCUUCGAGGAGGCUUGUGACCUACGGGCGUACAUGUGCGGCGUGUGGCGCGAGGUUGCGUACGAGGGCCUCAACAGCGCCGUGGCCGGUACGCUUGCCCAUAUAGCAACGGCCAUGGUUAAGCGAACCGAGGCCUCCCUCAUGGUAGAAUUCCCCGGCCACGAGUCGUACGAGACUGUGAUGCAAACCCUCACACGUGGCAAUAUAGAGCAGGCGCAAGGCAAAUUCACAAUGACGCUCUACAGGAUCCAUGGCGCGGACGGAUCAACAGAGGAGAUGGCAGAGGCUACAAUGGAUGCCAAGGAACAGUUCCUAAUCCACGCAUAUCAGGAUCUCGUAGAUUUCGUGACCGACUUCCAGGCUACUCGCAGCGGCAAGCCGACCAAGCGUAUGCUCGCGGAGAUCGACAAGUGGAACCCAACUUUGGACCUACAGCGCGCAACCAAGGAGCAGAGACAACGCUGGCGUCGAUCUUAUACCAUCAACUGGCUUUACGAUCUGGUCAACGUCUACUCCAGCAUUGUGGUUCAACGCAACACGAUGAAAGGGGAGCACCAUGUGUACGAAAGGGUCGACUGGGCUGCCGACGGCAAGUGGAGCCAGCACGUACGCCUCUUUGGGAUCAAUGAGUUUGCCGGCGUUGUAACCUCUCUUGCUAUGCAAAAGCCUGGCACCGACAUCAAGAAGCGCAUCAACCCAAGCUUGGUAUUCCAGAUGCAGUGCAUAGUCGACUCUUUAAUGGUCUCGCGGGGCUGGUCCCACAACAGCUUUAGGGGACAUGUGUUGGAGUCACCGAUGAGUGAGUUCCGGCCGAGGCGAGACGUCGACCUGUUCCUGGAUCGUGAAAACGAGAGAUUCGGCAAGGGCUUCCCACAAGGCUCCCACGUGCUGAGACAGCUUCUGGAGCGAGACAGCAUGCUACACGGCGACCCCAACCGACACCAGUCACAGAUCGGCGUACUCGAAGGUCUGAUGGCGGAUUUCCGGGACUGGCUAGGCGAGUCCAAGUACAUGUAUGGACUGACAACUCUGCCACCCUCUCGCUUUUCCAACAGUAACUCCAAUGGCCUCUGGGAAUACUCGCCCUUCCUCUGCGGUACAGGACUAGCCGAAAGUCUGGAGAUUGUAUACCGUUUCGGCAUGUUGCUCUGGGACCAGAUACCUGAGCCAAUGCUCCUAGUUCACUUACACAACAUGCUAGUACAGAAGAAGUAUCUCGAGAGGCCGAUUGGGAUUUUUGCUGCCUUGGAGGUCACCUUUUCAGAGGCCUUCUUCGCCGACGGCCGCCCCCCUACCUCGAAUUUCCAACAGGCCCUCAACAGCCAGAUUAACAAGACAGGCACUCAUUUCUCACAGCGCCAACGAGCAGCCAUGCGCAGAGGGGCAUCGAACACGGUGCAGGGCAUGCUCAACCCGGCCGCCAACCGUUUCUUCCGCAUCAAGUCCAAUCUUCUGUUGUACCGCGAAAACGGAUGGGAUCCAGACCGGAUCCCUAAUGAGGACCUCACAAAGCAUACCCUGUUACACAAUUUCCGCUCCAACUACGCAGAGACCUGGCCCUCCAUCCGAGGCACGGGCGAACCCCAGUCUUUUGGCGCGGAUGGUUCAAGUUCGCUCAUAUUCGACGCCGAUAAUAACCUCAUGCCACCACUGCCGCAGCCUGUAAGAGCUGAUCGCUUGUCGCGGCGGGAACUGCUCGAGUUCGUCCGCUAUGACAUCUAUUCAGACGUCUGCGGUCGUUUCCCAUAUUCGAGUCUCAACUACUCUUGGGUAACAGCGCGCAUCAUGACCUUUUUCAUGAUGAUUGAAGAUGAGCUGAAAAAGCUCAACAACCCCUUGUACCAGGAUAUCUACGUUACGAAAAGCGGGCGCCCUGAGAAGCGCGUCUUUCUCGCAGUGGCGGCUUUGUCCGAGACAAACGAGGAGUGUCUGCGGGUUAUGGCUAAGAUUCUGGAGGAACAGAGGAUGGGAUGGAUGCAACACAUUUAUUGGGAUGAUCUUGACAUGGAUAUGCAUCGAUCUUUCGAGCGCGCAAGGGGCCACAGCCAUCCAAUAGAGCAAGACGCAUGUAGCAUUAUGUAA